CAAAUUUAAGUAUGACAGACGAAUUGAUUAGACAAAGUAGGGUAUAGCAACAAACAAUAACAUGUUUGAGGUUGUGUGUGAACAUAAAGUAGAAAAAGAACAAGCAGCAGCACUUAUGAAAAAAAUCCAAAAUGGUUCACGACGUGUUUGAGUUGAUGACGAACUAAUAACAAAAAUACGAAAAUAAUUUAAUAAAAAGUGAAUAAUUUAACUAAAUUAUCCAAAAAUAUUAAAAAUAAACAAAACAAACAAUAAAACAAUUGUUAAUAAUUACUUAAACAACUUGCCAGAAGUGUAUAAUGUUUUUUCACUGGUAAGAGGGUAAAGAAAAAAUCUGGCGUCUAGGUAUAUUUUGUUGUAUGUGAAGAAGUGUGAAGCUGCCCUGGUAUAGAGCAAACAAGAAAAAAAGCCUCAAAUCUAAAAAGAACAAGCAUAUUGCAAAGAAACAAAAAAUUAACCAGCGAACAAACGAUACAAAAUAAUUUGUAUGAUGGCCAGUGUUUCACAAUUAAAUGAUUUAAGAAGUUAUUCCCGCCAUUGGCUGGGUGAGUUUAUCGACCUAUAUCAGUUGGAGGAAUGUUUAUGGCAACCCAAACAUCCUGACUACAGUAACAAUACAGUGCGCAACAAAGCCUACGACAAGCUGGUGGAAAAACUAAAAGAGGUCGAACCGAACCCCGACCGAAAUAUGGUGGUACGAAAAAUCAAUUCAUUGCGUUCAGCCUUCCGACGCGAAUACCGCAAAACCAAUGCCAAACAAAACUAUGAGACACGCUUGUGGUAUUACGACAAACUGUCCUUCAUAGCCGACCAAAACAUUAAACGCACUCUGACGAGCUUGGGGGGCAGUAGUAGCGGCUCAGAUGUUAAGGCUCCAAAACGUUCGCUUACCUUGGCUUUUGAAGAUGAUGAUUCGAUUGAAUACGAAGAUGAACAUCAAAUGGAGGCCAGCAGUGCUCAUUCGACCUCUCAGACGGACUUGCAACAGGAUCCCAGCAUGACUUCCACUAUUGCAGCAGUGGCCAAUGGUGAGAUAGUACCCGUUUCCAUAGUCAAAAGUGAAGAUCAAAAGGUACAUCAUCAGCAGCAGCAACACGAGCAACAUCAUCAAGAGCCACCACCACUGCAUCAUCAUCAUCAACAUCAUCAGCAGCAACAUCAACAGCAGCAACAACAACAACACCAUCAGCACCACCAACAUCAUCAUCAUGCUGCUGCCCAACAGAUUCACACUCAAACCCAACCACAACAUACGACUGCCGUCAAGGUGCUAGAAAUCACAUCACUCGAUUCGAAUUCACAGCGUGAAAUUCAACAGGCCGUCAACUCACUGGAACAACAGCAACAUCAAAUCCAACUACAACAGCAACAACAGCAGCAAGCCAACGGGGCCGCCGCCGCCCAACUAACACAAAUCCAUCAGCAAGUUCCCACCAUACAAAUUGCACGUGAACACCUUCAACCUCUAUUCGGUACCUCUGCUGCCACCUACACCACCGCUGCCACCACUGGCACCCAACGACCGGAAGAUGAAUUCGAUGCCAUCGGCAUGAAUGUGGCCAGCAAAUUGCGUGUCAUGAAUACACACCAGCGUAUCGUAGCUGAGAAACUAAUCAGUGAUGUUCUCUUUAAUGGCCAAUUAGACAAUUUAAGUGUUAAUUCACAUUUGACCCAGUAGGAUGUUGUUACGUUGAAGGUGGAAAAACUUCAACAACAACAGCAGCAGAGACCGUUUCAACUGCAGCAAAUCCAACAACCACAACAACUACUGCAAGAAAGUCAACAACCAUUGUCGUUAUUGGAAUGGUUUAGUCAUUAUUGUCUAUCGUCUGCUGUUUAAAUAGGUGAAUACCCGCAAAUUUCUCUGGUCGUAACUGAAAUCGGUAGACGAUCAAAAUAACACUCUAGUUUAAGGCAUAUUAUUUAAGUAAGUUAAAUUUUACAAAAAAAUUUUAAUAAUUUUUUUUUAUACAAAUUUGAAAGAUAAAAUUGAAAUAGGUUAUAUUACUAAGUUUGGAGAUUUUCGUAAAUUUAAUUUUUUAAUAAUCUGUUUCAAAGCCAUGUUGAAAGUAUGCUUAAUUAUUCAAUUAGUUUAACAAACAAGUCAUUUGUGUGGAACACAGUACUUUUUUGGUGCAUGUAUUUUUUAAUUUCAUUCAAUUCAAAUUUCAUUAAAAAGUAAAUGAUAUAAUAUUAACCUUCUAAUAAUCUAUUGUUUUUGGAUUCUUUAUAAAAAUAUUAUUUAUUAUUUUUAUCGUAAAACUUAUUGCAAGCAAUCGAUUUUUUAAAAAGUUAAACUCGCAUCUCAUAUCUGAAAACUGUUUACGUUAUUAGAGCUUUAUAUUUGUGUACAUUUGAAAAUUUUCAAUGAAAAGGUUUAUCUCAAUUUUCAAUUUUGCUUUCAAAUUUAACAAAUAAAUAAAGUAAUAAAAAUUUCAUGAAAAAAACUCAAUAAAUAAACAUAUUUAAUAUACAUUUAACUGUAUUUAUCUCUAGAUAUUACAAAGGUUUGAGGGUUUUUGAAAAUUUCAUAAUACUUUCAAAACUUUAGCAUAAUUCAUUUCCUUUGGGAAAACUGUAAAACAUCCUCUAAUUAUCUAUGCCCUUUUCCCAUGAAAUAAAUUUUAACAAAACUAAAUGUAUGUGUAAAUGGUAAGAAAUAUUUAUAAAUAAUUAAUUAAUAAUAACUUAGUAUUAUUAUAUCAAAAAUUAGUGCAUACAUAAUUAUGUAUUAAAUACAUUUUAAAAAAGUAAUGUAUAUGUACAUAAAACAAUUAAUUAAUUGUAUUAAGUUGUAUUUGUAUUUUUUUUUUUUGUAAUGCUUUAAAUGUUAAUUACUUUUUUUUCUUUUAUUUCAUUCACUUUCUAAAUAGAAUACUAUGUAGUUGUUAAUUUAAGUUAUAAUGAUUUAAAAAAUAUAAUAUUUAAUAGAUUUUAUUAAUGUACAAUAAAAAAUUGUGUGAAAUUUAAAAUAACUU